AUGAUUCCCGACUGGCAGCCAGCACGGCCAGAGCACCCAGAAGGUUCCACGACCAGAUGGACGAGAAACGAGAGACGAGAGACUCAGAUUGAGUCUAAGCCGUCGAGGCGUCGCGGCUAUCAGGAGGAGCACUCCUGGCACACGGGCGGAACGGGUCCCUCUAGUGCUCUUGUUCACACAUUUGAUGAUAACGAGGCACGACGUGAACCAGUCAACGAGCAGACGUUAAUCUUCAAGGGCUGGCUCGAAGAUCCACCGGGCCCAGUCUGGGUGGUCUUUUCACGGUUGGCGAUGCUCGAAUCAUCGAGUCAUCGAGUCCGUGGUUCUAACCAGUCGAGGAUCCAUGAUUUCCACCCUCCAGAUGAAAGUAUACCGUGCAAGUUGGACUAA